CACUUUCACUUACUUGCAUGAAACAAUACCUUUUACUGCCGGUUACGUGUUAGAGCCAUUCAAGUUUUCUUCGAUGCCUCACUUUAAUCGUGCAUCCCCUUCUAUACUUGUAAGAGUUUCACGAACAAAAUUCAAAUUUUAAACAACGAACCGCCGAACGUGUCAUAAACGUGACGGUUCGAUUAAUUCGCGCUGGUUGCGCAACAAUUAAAAAAUUCUUUGACGAUUGAUUCCGCUACAAUGCCUGUACAAAAUUAGCUCCUUUAACAAUUACAACAUAUAUAUAUUACAGAACUUCGUAAAAACAAGUGGUUAACAACUAUUUGAACUGCCUGCGCAGAUGACCUGCGCAGUAAACGAAACUGCAUACAACUCCCGAUGGAUGAUACUCAUUCGGUACUGACAGUUAACGGAUAGCAUUUGCAGGCGUUACGUUUAUUUUCAAUUUCGCUUUAAUACUAUUCUUGUGGACAUUAACAUAAAAGAUAUUUCCCAUACAAACUUUAUAUUUUGUACCUUGAUUUCUCUUUUAACUUUCUUUUUUCAAAUGAGGAGAUUUGAAUACGUUUAAAAGUCUACAAGCAGUUAAUACUUGUAAGUGACAAAUAUUUUGUCAUUUCAAUAAAACUGAAACUGACAAACCAUUUCAGAAGCACAUGCGCGUUAUUACAAACUGUUUAAGCAAUUUCAAAUUGUCAUCUAGUAUAAGACGUAGUUUAUAAGUGAAAUUACAAAUGUUAAAAAAUGCAAUGUGAGAUUCAAUUCGAAGAAAUUGGAUGCAUAAAUAAGGUAACGUUAAAUAACCGUAAAACAUUUAUCGCCAGUUAGAAUCAAUUCGUUAAUAGAACUUGAAAAUAAUAAAUUGAAUUUAGUUUAUUGAUUUCAAACAAAAAUUUCUGUUGUAAAAUAAGUACGAAAUGAAUUCGUAUUCACGAAAUUAAUUACGAGUAUUUCUAUCUGAUACCGUAUUACGAAAUCGAUAUUGAUAGAGUUACGACUUCGAUUGUUGUUGAUUCUAAUGGAUCGCAACUUGUCUCAGACGAUAAAUUGCAUUAAGUGAUCCGCUUGUUACGGAUUCGAUAAGUCCUAUCAACCGGAUACAACAUACGGAUAGCAUCAAUAAAACCCACUUAAAAUGCAAAAUAUUGUUGCAGAGACGUUCUUCGAGACGACAAUAAAAAGACUCGCGCCGAGGCACAGUGCCGAUGAUUAAAAGCCAGCUCCUAGCGAAAAUAAGUUUCGAAAUAUGAAUUUAAUACAUUUUUACGCCGUAGAUAGUCGAGAAUCAUAAAAAUGAAUUCAUCGUAUCUUUGGGGAGAGGAUGAAGAAUGGGGAGCACGGUAUUACUUUACGUACUAUAGCCAAUUCGGGAGUCGUAAAAAUGUCAGUACCGUUGAGGUGGUGAUAUUGGCUGUUAGCUUCAUCUUGUCUGUUGGCGGUAAUUUAGGAAUGGCUGGAUGUAUAUUGAGCUGCAAGGAAUUGUGUACACCGACGAACAUGUGCCUAGUAAACUUAGCCGCCGCGGAUCUUUUAUUUACCGCUGGUAUUCCAGCGAUUGCUUACACCAGGUUGACGCAAUCUUGGCGUCUUGGGGAAACGAUUUGCCGAUUACUACCUUACACUCAAUUUGUCUGCGGGUUCGUACUUCUAUGGACGUUAACGUUUAUUUCGAUGGACAGACAUCGAUGUUUGGCAGUAGCACCUUAUAGAAGUGCCUUAACAAAAGUCAAGGUUCUAACGGCCAGUCUUGCUACUUGGAUAAUUGCGGCUGUCGCUUUUCUGCCGAUCGCAUUUUGGUUCAGACAAAAGAACCUAACAAAUGAUACGACAAUCUGCACCUUAAUUUUCCCGCGAAGCGAAAUCAUGGAUGUUUCGUUAAGCUACAUGGUACCGAUCAUCAUCUUGGCUUGCAUUCUACCGAUGAUCCUUCUGGUUUAUCAUUAUCAACGUAUCUUUCAAAAAAUUCUUGAUUCACGAAGCAGAUGGGCAGUUUCUUGCGUUGCACAAGGGUUGAAGAGUAGCGCAACAAGUAGAAGAGAUUCUGAACUGUCGGUGGUAGGAACUUUGUUACCUUGGACAGGCAGGAAACACUCAUGUACGUCGAUAACAGGCCGGAAAGGGCGUACUGGUAGUCUUUCUCAACAUGAAGAAAUACGACUGCAUAAACAUUUGCGAGUCGUACGAAUAUUGCUACUAAAUGUGGUGGCUGUACUCGUGAUGUGGUUACCCAUCACUAUCGUAAUGCUGUUAAUUUAUGUGGACGGCAGAAGGUCCACCGAAGAUACAAAUUUUUUCUUGAGAUCGCAUCACUUCGUUUGGACCGUGACCGUUGCUCAAUUGAAUACUAUUGUCAACCCCCUACUGUAUGGUGUUCUCUCCGAAAACUUUCGGAUCCGUUUUGCAAGAGUAUGGAAACGUGGAAUCGACAACAAUUCUAAAAGCUUAGAACAAGUAGCAAUCAAGAGAAGCCCAAAACCAUUGGCAGUAUUUCGGACUCCACUUGGAGGGAUUAAAACUCCGAAUAAAUUGAAAGACUCAAAUAAACGCUCACAGAAGAAUUCGACUUGCAGUAUAGGUAGCAUCGUUGAAGUACCUAAUUCAGAAAAAUGAUAACGUAUGAAUGAACGAAAUAAAUAUAAAAGUCUACCAUUGAAAAAUAGAAUCGUACAAAAUGCAUUUGUACUUUAUUUAGAAUUAUUGUUUUAAUUUAUCGAUAUUUACCUAAUUAAAUAGUAGAAUAUAAAC